AUGGCAUUCGCGCUGAUACUCGCGGUUGUUUUGGCUUACCUCUGCGCCAGACCAUUCAUUGUCUAUUUCUAUGACGCCAAAGGCUUGCGGAAGUACCCGGACCUGAACCCUCUAUCCGGCAUAACGAGCCUCGCCUAUGUCUGGGAGCAUUCGAACCAUUUCCGGACGAGACACCUCUACCUCAAGCAUCGAAAACAUCCCGUGAUUCGGGUAGGACCAAACGUUCUCUCCUUUGCGGAUGUGCGAGCUAUCAAAGACAUCUACGGCCAUGGUACUCCCUGCCGCAAGGACGACGUCUACACCCUCACUGCAGGGAGCCACGCUCAUAUCCUCAAUACGAUCGACCGGGAGGACCAUAACCGCAAACGUCGAAUGCUGUCCCAUGCGUUUGCGACCCGCAAUCUCGAACGAUGGGAAUUCAAAAUCGCAGAUAAAAUCGGCAAACUUAUCGCUCAGCUAGAUCGGAGAUGUACUGCCCCACUGUCCGAUAGAAACCAUGUCAGUUCGGAAGAUUUGACCCUUGAUUUCACACUCUGGUCUAAUCUCUUUACUGUUGAUGCCAUCGCCGAUCUGGCUCUAAGCGAACAGCUUAAUCUGCUGGACUCGGGUACUAGCGUCGUCAAGGUUGACGACAUUCCAAGUCUCAAGUUCAUUGACAGCUUGCAUGGCGGGAACUAUAUCACCUCUCUCUUUGUGGGAGCAGCGGAAUGGUUUGCCGUCCUGAAGGCUGUUUCCAGCAUCGCGUCUCUGCAAUUUCGUGCGCAGUGGGACCAUGGGAGAAACUUUGGCAGGAUUGUCAGCGCUCUAACUAGCAGACGCCUGGAAAAGCACAAGCGCGGCGACCAACUGGGAGACCUCUUUGCAUGUUUAAUGGAGGACAACAAGGGCAACGCCCGCGGUCUCGAGAGAGGAGAGCUUGAGGCCGAGACAAACGUGCUCUUGGAUGCUGGCUCUGAUACUACAGCGAUCGCCUUGACGCAUGCCCUGUAUUACCUGAUCAAAACUCCGCAUGCUAUGGCAACCCUCAGGAAAGAGGUGGCAGGCGCCUUCUCCGAAGAACCCACCGCACGCUAUGCCAGCGUCAAGAACCUGCCCUACCUAAAGGCGUGCCUGGAGGAAUCGCUGCGAUUGUCCCCUCCUGUUUCAAGGGGCCUCGAGCGCAGAACACCGCCCCAGGGCAUGCGGAUUAUGGGGGAGCAAAUCCCCGGAAAUGUUGGAGUUUCGGUUCCAGUGUAUGUCGCCCAUCGAGAUCCCGCGAUCUUCCCGGAACCGGAACUGUACCGGCCGGAAAGAUGGCUGGAGAGCGAAGAAAAGGCCAAGCAAAUGCGGGAGGCGUUCAUCCCUUUUUCAACCGGCGCACGUGGCUGCAUCGGGCGCAAUAUCACCAUGAUCGAGCAGCAGCUUGUAAUUGCGACCCUGGUCCACCGUUACGAGUUUGCACUGCCAUCAGACCGUUGGAGUCUGCAACAUAAUGAGGCAUUCCUCUUAUGGACGUGUCCGAUGCCGCUGAAGAUCUGGAGGCGAGACAUAGGCAGCCCAACAUCAUGA